AGCAGUUGUUAGGAGUUGUAUUUAUUUAAUUUUUAUUUUUUAUUAAUGCCUAAUCCCUAGUGCAUACUGCUUGCUUAGUAUUAAAUGUUUCAAAUCAUAGCAGAAAUCUGUGAAUGAUUAGAAAGAUAUUAUAUACCUAUAUAAAUUCAGUGUAAAUAACAAUAGUUCACAACAUAAAACAUUAUCUGUUUGAUGCACUGUGUUGCACAUUUCAACUUCUUGUAAAUUUUAUCGUCUAAAAAUUUAGGUCCAACGUGUUCGACGUAGACUUUCUUCUAACCUACUACUGUAUAAGAAAAAGUAAUUGUUUUUGUUUAGUUAAGCAAGCUUUCAAGGGGAGCAGCAUCAACAAUGAGGCUGUUCAAAUUUCUUUCAAAUGGUGCAUUUACUGCUAGUAUUAAAAAUGGAGGCAAUAUGCGUCUCCGGCCGCUGCUGUCGUGUGCGCCCGUCGCGGUACUGGGCGAGCGUGGCGCUCACACACAGGACGUUACGAAGAACAUCCAGUACAUCACCAAUGAGAAAGUCAAGCUUAACACGGAUCCGAAGACUUUGAAAUUGGACAAACAGAUGAACAGACCUCUAUGUGUGAUGAUAAACUGGCUGCUGGCGCGGCAGAAGCACGUGAUGAAGUACGCCAACAUAUACCUGGAGCAGGGCUUCGACGUUCUCUCUGUAUCAUGCACACCGUGGCAGCUCAUGUGGCCCCUAAAAGGAUCACAGCUGGUUGCGGGUGACCUGAUCAAGUUCAUGGCGGCGAAUGAGAACGAUCAACCCCUGGUGGUGCACGGGUUCUCCGUGGCCGGCUACAUCUGGGGAGAAGUGUGUGUCCACGCUAUGAACAACCAGCAGGCUUACCAGCCAAUACUGGACCGCGUGGCCGCACAGACCUGGGACUCGGCUGCUGACAUCACGGAGAUCACCAUCGGAGUGCCGGCCGCUGUCUUCCCCAAGAACAUGAUCAUGCAGAAGACUCUCAAGGCUUAUAUGGAGUACCACAUGAAGACGUUCCAUGAUGCAGCCACGGUCCACUACAUUCGCUCUUCGCAGUUGUUCCACACCAACCUGUGCCGCGCGCCCGCCCUCUUCCUGCUCUCAUCAUCAGACCCCGUCGGCGCGGAGACCAGCAACCGAGCCGUCUGCGACUCCUGGCUCAAGAUGGGGAUGAAGUGCACGUGGCAGUGUUGGGACCGGUCGCCUCACGUGCAACACUUCACCAAGCACCGCGACGAAUACGUGUCGUUACUUCGUGCGCACCUGAGGGAGAACGUGCAACUGGGUGACUCGGUGCUCAAGGGGCGUGUCGCUGUUUGACUGAUGCGGUGACAAUCGGUGUGUUUAUCAACUCUUCAGUCCACUCAACUUAAUUUUACUAGAAUAAUGAAAUUUAUAGUUAAAUAUAUUUAAAAUUUGUCAAUUAUAUGUGUACCCUUGUUUAUUCAUUUGUACGUUUGUCAAAAAGCAAACUGGACUUUGGACAGAAGUCGUUGUCUAUUAGAUAUAAAAUGGAUAUCCAGUAAAUAUCUAUUAUGUGACCAAUACAAAGUAGGUAGUCCACUAUAAGGUCAUAUAUUAAAACAAAUAUUAACUUCUCUUAAAAAGAAGCUAAAUCAUAUCCCACAUUUGCUUAUAAAUAGCAUUUAUACAUAUAUGCAGAUACAACAUUUGAUAAGUGUAAUCAUAUUAAAAAAAAAAAAAUUAGUCAGUACUCAAAAUAAAGAAAAAGUAAAUAAAAUAUAUAUUUAUGUAUUACGUUAUCACGGUAAAGUAUAAUUACUUCUGCGGCUUGAUUCAAAUCCAACAAACACAAUAAACCGCCUUAACUUUUACUGCCUUAUUCAUAAUAAAACGCUUUUAGAAGGUAUUAAGCUAUAUUUGUUAAAACGCGUUUUAAGCCUAUCGAACGUUCGAUAAAAUUCCUUAUUCAUAUUCGCUAGAUAAAUCUCCCAUAACUAAUACGUCUCUAUAGUACGCAAUGUUGCCAUUUCGUACAAAAAAACACGAUUUUAUCUAAUUUAAUGAGGAACUGUGAGUGGAAACAGACAUCUUUUCAAUGUCAAUGGUUUGACAGUUGUCAAAAGUCGAUGUCAAAAUAAUUUCAAACUUCAAAAAUCAAAGUUUUGAAGUCUGUCAAUCUAUGACGGAUUUGCAACAACUUUGAGCGGGAAGCUAUUUAUCACAUUAUUUAACGAACAGCUGAUCGUUGUCGGCCAUGUUUUUCUGCGUUCGAGUGUUUAAAAUAGGUUUAUAGAAGGGUCAUAGCUACUAAAGUCACGUCAGUUUUAUUGAAGAGAUAACGAGCGUUUUAGCUCUAACAUGCGAUUAUGAAUACCAUUUUUUAACAAGCGUAUAUUAGCGAUGUUUUAAAUCUCCGGUAAGUCAUUAUGAAUAAGACAGGUAAUAUAUCCGUACCGAUACCUCAGUUCCAAAGUGUAACAAGUUAAGAAAAUGUUACAUAAAAGAUAAAUCACAGAGAAACAAGGCGAUAAGUGUAUGCACUUUAGUUGCUACUUCCAAUACAUCUACAUAAGUCUAAGAUAAUUUCGCGUCUUACAGUCAUAAUACGGUUGCGGUGAUAGUAAUGUACGUAAUAAGUAUCCAUCCAUCUACUUUGUAGUUAAUGUCUUUCAUAGCGGUUGAAAUCAUCCCAGCAACAUGUACCAGGACUUUAUAUGUAGUUUAGAGGUUCAUGCACAAUGCACAUCUUAAAAUUAUUAUACAAGUGUUGACCAGUUGGUGUUCUGAAGUUAUGUAUGAAAGUUGUUUUUCUCAGAGAUAAACUUUUUUUCUGAAUCGUUAAUUUGUUUAUGUAAUAUAAAUUGUAAUUUUUUGUGUUUAACCACAUAUUUGCUAGUACUUUUAUUCUGAUAAAUAGAGUAAUUCGUGCGAAAUUAUUCCCUAACAAUUCCUAAAUAUUCACAAAUGCACAACCUUAAUGUUCAAGUUUUCACUUCUGCUGGCACUCCCAGAGUGUAAUUCGUAUUUUUUUUAAUUUUGUUUGAAAUACCUUUUCAUUCAGAAAAGGUUUUUAAGUUACUCUUUGGAAGUGAGGUAUCGUUACAAUCCGUUUCGUCUCUAGUGAAAAAAGCUUAAAACAAUAUGCACUCACGGACGCCCCCUGUCAUCUGAAAGAGUGGAAUGGAAAACGAAAUCCACAGGGACUUUUAUACUGUCCUUACAUAUUUGUCGACAAUUUGUGAUUUUGUCCAUGAAAUAUAAAAGUAGUUAAGUUAUGAAAUAUCCUAUAUUAUAAGGUAAAUAUCUACUGUUAACUGUCAAUAUUCUAUUUGAGUAAAUUUUUCUAACAAGACGGUUAACCUCCUGUCUGCUGCCGUUACCAUAUGACAAAUGGAACCACCGUGAGGUUUAGUACGGUGUUAUUAAGUUAGCACACGAGACAUUAAUCGAGUUGUAAUGACGUGCGAUUAUAUUUUUUAAUUGUCUUAGCCACUUAAUAUAGCGAGCGACUGCGCAAGAUAGCGACUAACGAAUGAGAAAUAGAGAGUUAACCUAAGGCGAGAGAAAGAGAAGGAGAUCUUUCACAGGCUUUCGUUGUCAUUGUUCUUUGAAGUUAUUUUUUGGUCACAUGGCCUGAGUGAUCGCCUUAAAAUACCCUUACUCAAUUGGUUUUUGUAUUAAAAAAAAACUGAUUUUAGUUUUCCUUUAUAAUAUAUAUAUUAGGAUUACUCUCAUUUCGACACCUAUGACGAUGUCUGUGUACGCUUUAGAAUGGAACCUCUGUUUAUACGGCGCAAAAAAAGCGAUUUACUGUUACUCCAUAUGUUAUGGAAUAACCUUAUAGACUGUUCGAAAUUAUUAGAAUCUAUAUAUCUAAGCGUACCGGACUACAGAACCCGUCACACUGCCUUGUUUCACGUCCCCCAAGUAACUACAAAUUAUGCCCAGAACAAUAUUUUAAAACGUAUAACAUACUUAUAUAAUACCGAGUACGCAGGUACUGACAUUUUUGCGACGUCUAAGCAACGCUUUUUACACGAAAUCUCUAUACUUAAAACACACGAAAAUAAAAUUGUAUAACAUAAACACGAAAACACUCUAUCACCUACACCCUCACUCACCUACACUUAACACACACACACACACACACACACACCUCUUAAAUAAUAUUAUUUUUAACGUAUAUAAUAAUAUAAGCAUAAAAUAACAAAUGUAUACCUAUUAAAGUUUUGUAACUAUUAUUCUUAAUCCUAAAUUGGCAUAUUUGUAAAAUUAUUUGUAAGUCUAUUGUAAUGGUAUAUAAAGCUGUUGGAUUAUUAGUAAAUAAAUAGAUAAAAAUAAAUAUAUAUUUCCAAUAUUCAUUUUGUUAAUAGUAAAAACCAGCCUAGCAAAACUCUCUAAGAAAAAAGCGAUUCACUCGAUGGUAUGAAACGUGCAGUCAUUGAUAGAUUGACAGAUGACGGCUAUAAUCUUGUAAAAAAAGGAGAUAGCUGAAAUCCACUACGUUCUGAGCAAGUGUUCGCUUUCAAACUUAACCGGAUUAUACUUCGUCGCCAAUCGCCAUACUGUAAUUACUACUAUUUCAAACUUAUGUCAAAUAAAUGCACUUAUGUCAAAAGGCCGCCUCUUAUUACGUAGUAUUUACAUACUCUUUGGUAAAAACUGACGUUUUCAAUAAUAUGCCUGACAUAUUUUUUCGACGAAAAGUAGUUUCACUUAACCCGUUUCUAUUGUUUAAAUAAAUAUAUUCUUAAUCCUAAUUGCCAGUUCACAGUAGAUAGUUAAGUUAGAGUAAAAUUUAAAAAAAAUGCGAAAUAAAACCAAAUUAUAAAGCGGGUUUCUCUACGGCUGACGACUGAUUGGUUUUAAUAUAAGGUUAGUAUUAUGUUUAAGUAAAUAUUGCAAAUACAUUAUGAAGAACAAAAUUGAUUGUGAAUUCCUUUAGAUCGAAGUAUUUUUAUGAGUAUUUAGUUGUUAAUAAAAAUUGUCUUAAGUACAGUUACAAUUUUAUAUUGCUUUUAAAUUUAGUUGAAAGAUCAUAUACUUUGUUAAAGAGAAAUAAACAUUGGUAUAUUUUAAUAUUUUAGUCAAGUAUUUAGUUUUAAUUCAAACUAAAAUCUUACUAAUUGUUUAAACAGGGUCCUAUUUAGGUGAAGUACUAAAUUUUAUUGUAUUAAAUUAUUUAAUAUUUACAGCUUUAUUCACGUUUUAUCGGUGUCCGUACCGACUAGUAAUUGGUAAGAGGUUGAGAUGAGAGAUGUUAUCGCGAACCCUGCACACUCACCCUGAUGAAGGACCUCCGAAUGGUCAGAAAAUAGUCUGUACGGACACCGACUAAACCUGAGUAAAGCUUUAAUAAUGACUCACGAAAGUUUUAAUAAUUCAUUGUAAUAAGCGUUAUGUUCGGAGUUAUUCGCCUUUGAAACGAAGUAUUAAAUAUAACUACGAAAAUGAUGAUAGUAUGUCAAAAAAAUGUUCCCCAGUGUAUUCCAGCCCUACAAAUUAUUUACGAGAGCAGACUCAUGAUAAUAUACUUUGACAGUGAGACAAUAAUAAAAAGAUAUAUUACACAUUAACUAUCUACUUGAAACAGCCCCUAGCUAUUACAUAGUUUAUUCAGCAUGUUUAUUACAGGCACAGACUAGUAAAAAAAUAAGGACUCCGUGUCACCUUACAUAACAGUGUAGCACCAAAACAAUCCAAUUAACGUGUAAAUACAUAGCCCCAGGCACACUACAGGCCGAUAGGCGCCAUUAUGAGAAUUGUCAUCGUCUGUGACAGAUGAGUUUCAAUAAAAUAUUUUAAAAAUAUAUAGUAUUUGUGGCCAUAUAUGAUUAUUUAAGGAAGAAAAAAAUGUGUAACUAGUAUCCCCCGUAACCGCACACACACACGCUUCACUUGCUAAUAUCACGGCGCGGAGUCCUUCUUUUUUACUCGUCCGUGAUUACAGGUAAGUUAACGACACAUUCACAGUUCUCUGGUAUGCAAUUUUGCUAUUUUUUAUGAAGAACUAGGAAAAGCGCGUUGAAAAAUCGUGAGACAAUACACAAAUCAUACACGAAUCAAAGUCGUCUCAACCGUUGUCAAUCGUCGUCUUAAAAAAAUACGUAAUGGAUUAGUUAAAUGAAACAAUUCUUAAUAAUAGCAGAAAAAUAAUAAUAAAAUGAUAAUAAUAAUUCCUAUUUGCAGCAUUGUAAAUGUAGUCAUGCCAGUGUAUAACUCGUGGCAAACACGAAACGAAUCCAAAAUGGCCACCAAUAGUGUUUCGCUCUCACUCGCACAUGCUAUAUCAUCUAUUUGCCAUCCCUGUUUUGCCGCCAUUUUCAAUAUUGGCUCGAGUUGUGUGGGUAUAAUUUCGGCCUUACAUAAUUUGCCUGUAACUCUUAAUUUACACUAACGUCAUACGUAAAUAAAUGUGUGGUUAAUGUUUUUACGGCAGUAAACUUUAGAUAAUUUAUGCGUCUAGAAAGAGCGUCUUGUUGGCAACACACGAUAAUGGGCCGGGCUUAUUACGCUCUGCACUUUGUUUUAGUGUACUUGCGUUGCUGAAAAUAGAGGGUAACUGUUCGCCGCUAUUUUUCGACGUGUUCACAUCUGUCACAGUCUAAACGUAUGAAUUAUCUAAGCAGUAAGCGAAUACUGAUAAAACGUUCUCAGGUGAAUAACUCCGUAGCUCGGUAGUAAUGUUUGAUUCACAAUAAUUCUCAAAGAUUAGAUCUAGCAGCUAAAUAGUAUAUUUUGUAUGUGUUUUAAGGUGUUUUAAUAAACAUAUUGAAAGAUA